AGCGUUGACAUGUAAUAAGGGUUUUUCCUGCUAGUGAAGAAAUAUCUAAUCUAUCUCAAGAAAGUUGAAGAAUGGGAAAUAGUAUGGUACAACGUGCAGCAAGGAACAAUAUUCUGCUUUGUUGAAACCAAUCAGAAGUAUGGCAAGUUAUAUUUUUAUAUUUCGUUUAAUUUGUUCACUCCGAAAGUAAGUCAUGCCUUGAACAAUUUGUCAUCAAACAAAUUUAUGGCAGUCAAGACAGUCCUUUUACUUCUGAUUGUAAUAUCAUCCACGUCAGUUGGUACAUCUAAACCGAAUGUUGUGCUUUUCUACAUUGAAAGCAUCAAUGAAGUUAUAAAAGUGUUACAUCUGAUCGACGAAAACAUUAUCAGUAAAGAUGCUUUACCUAAUAUUUACAAACUCCGAGAGGACAGCGUUUCGUUUCACAAUAUAUACGGAGAACUCUCAUCUUCAUCGAACUUUGCUGCGUUGUUUACUGGCAAAGCAGCUGUCGACAUUGGAAUGAUAAGAGGAAAGCUUCUUCCAUUCGAUUACUUUCCUAGUCUGGCGAGUACAGGUGGUCUAGAUACUGAUGAAGUAACUGUUGCGGAGUUGUUACGUUCGUGUAGUUACAAGACGUGGUUUAUUGGUUACUGGAAGUUGGGACUUGGUGAAAAGGGUAACCGUUUUCCCACAGAGCAUGGGUUUGAUACGUGGUUGGGCACCGCCCACCCUCACGACGAGUGGUGUCAUAGAAAAGAUUCUAAUAAGUCGUCACCCAGCCCGGAUUGGGAACACCCGUAUACAAACUUAUUCUACAAGGCGUCUUUUUUAUGGACGAUAGUAGUUGUUUUUUUAACUUCAUUAGUGUGGUUUCGAUUAAUUACCUUUAGGAUGUUUAUAAAUUUAUUGAUUUAUACUUUUUGUACGUCAUUGGCGUUUUACGUGCUGCUAAACUUGUUUAUGGCUCAGCGUUCAGCUUCGUGCGUUUUAUACUACCAUAACACCAUCCUACAGCAACCUUACGAGUUGGAUAACUUAACCAUGCUUCUCACAAAGCAUAGUAGCGAACUGCUCGGGGCCGAGGGCGUGACGCCCUUUUUUAUGGUGUUAAAUUACAUGAAAAUGAACAUGCCUUUAUUUCACUCUAAUUUCUUUCGAACGAAGUCGAUGGACAUGCGGAACAGUGCUUUACUGGAGUUAGACUGGAGUAUUGGGGAAAUACUAUCAAAUUUGAAAAAGAAGAAUCUCUAUAAUGACAGUAUCAUAUUGCUGACUGGAAGUAAAAAUCAAAAGAAAAGAUUUUCUGGUCACAUGGAGAUACACGAGCGAUACAGCAAGAAGAAUUUUCGCACCAUUGAAGUGCUUGAGGAUACAUUGUGGAGUAACCGGUUAAAGAUACCAUUGUUUAUAAAACAGCCUUCAAUUAGUGAUUCUGCACAAGGUAAGGUUUUUCAUGCAGCUCCAGUGACCGAUAUUUUCGACACAAUCUUGCAUAUGACGUCAUGCCACUUCAAUAAUCGAACACACAAUAGUCUCUUUACUUCCAAUGAAGAAAACAUGUCGGCUAUACCAGAAAGUAAUUCUGAAAGUUUUGAUUUAACUGAAACACAUGAUAAAAACGUUUUUUCUGAAAGUUCUUCUCAAGAUGGUCCGUAUACUCAACCAAUCAAAUUGGUUACAGAGACUGAAGAUGAUGAUGUUACUGUGGAAGCUUAUGUAGAAGAAGACUUCAGUGACAACUCUGUCAGUAGUCACUCCAAGGAAGGAGCACUCAUGCCAGCAAGGGUUAUGUUUCAUUACUUCAACGUAGAGAAACCAGUAGCAGUUACAUACCAGGGAAGGUAUCAGAUGAUGUAUUCUUACCUGGAUGCUUCUGGUAAUAUCAGAAAGUUAACAACUCCGUUGCUUGUUGACUUGCAUCGCUCUGUACACCACGUGCACAAUUGUUCCAGCGAAGAUUGUCCAAACUGGUUGAACAGAGAGGAUGCUGGCGAAUUUUAUGAAGGAGUUUACCAUAACAUCACCCAGCUUUACGAGCACCAUCUAACAGAACGACAGAAUAGAAAGAUGUGGUCAUCAGAAUUCGAAAUGCCGGUGUAUCCAUGGUUACUGCCGUGUCAGGAUUUUCCUUAUUGUGAAAGUUUACCAAGCCAUGACGAUUUUUCGGAUAUAACACGCUCAAUUACGGAUAAUUAACUAGCUCUUAAUAGAAUAUUCUUGUUUCUUA